ACUUUGUCUGCUAAACACAGAAGCCUGGAAGAGUGUGUCAAUGUGUGUGUAGUUCUCAGUUCGACAAUGAACGCCAUCAAGAUUCUUUGCUUUUUAAUUACUGUCUCAGAGCUGAGUGUAAUCAGCAUGGCUGCUGAGGUUCCAUUGAAACGGAAUUCCCAUCAGACAGCAGACAACCAACAGGGGGGAGCUGUUGUUUUUUUCGCUGCACACCAGGGCUUGCUGAAAGAUCUCCCAUUCAACCCAGUCAUUUUCAAUCAGGUGUUGGUGAACCAAGGCUCUGGUUAUGACAAUAACACGGGUGUCUUCACUGCUCCUCUUGAUGGGAUCUACCAGUUUGUGUUUGCUGCUCAGCUCUGCCGUGGUAACCAUAACAACAUCUGGGCCUUUAUGGUCAAUGGAGUUGAAAAGAUGAUAUGUCAUGCUCAGGUGACUGGCGGCGACACAACCCUCAACACUUGUUAUUUCAUUGAGGAAAUGAAGAAAGGUGUUCAGAUCUGGAUAACACAAGUUCAAGGCAGCUGUGCCUGGUCAAGCGCCACCUCAAAAACAAUCACUUUCUCUGGUGUCCUGUUGGUUAGCCGGGGUACCUCCAUGCUGGGAGGCAAGUAUGGCUCCUGCCCACUACCCAACUUGAGCUACAGACAACAGUCCAGCUCUGCAGAAAAGACUAUCAGCUUUUCCUGUGUCAUCAUCACCUUUCAAAUGAUCUUGUUCCUGCUAAAUUAAUCAUGGCAGCCAGAUUACUGCAGUUCUAAACUUCAGCUUUCAUUUGUGAGCACUGUUAAGGAAAAAUGAUUAUUUUUAGUGCUUAAUACAGUUAAUCUUACGACAUGUGUAAAAGGUAUAUUCAGCACUCUUAUUUGGAACAGUUUUCUGUUGAGCAGAUGAGCAGGCAUUCAGACAAACAGGGGCCAUAAUGCAGAUCACUCAAUGGCGUCUCCCUGCUGUGAGGCCAGGCCAUAGGAGGCCAUAAAAUUAGCAUUUUCCUUGGGAGACAGAGACUUUAGAUUUCACAGGUAUCUGUGAGAUUGUAUCUCAGGUCGUUCUGUACUCAGAAUGACCGCGGGAGCCACGGGGGGUCAGGGCCAGCGAUCCGCUCUUUUGUCUCGUCAGAAGACAGAUGGUCCUUUGAUCUUUGCUGUAAAUUAGGGGAGUUCCAAGUUUCUCUGAGUGCUUAAGGGAGUUUCCAGUUGGUCAACAGGAGGAACGCCUUGAGUGCAUAAAUUAAAUAGAGAAACACCUCUUUAGUAUAAGAUUUUGUGUCAGGAGAGAAAAUGCAGAGAGCGGCCACCAUUUUGCCUUUUUGCAUCGGCUCUCUCCAAAGACGCGUCUUUGCCUUUUGUUUGUCUUUGUUUUGUGUUUGUCUGUCUUCCCCUUGUCUGUCUUUAUUUUUAUGAGAAAAAUGCAUA